ACACCUCAGACAUAAUCCUGUCUUCUCACUUUCACACCAUAUUACGCUCCGGAGAGAAAACUUCUGGAACUUUACUGUUUGGGCUGUCAAUGUGUGCUACCUUAGCUCAGAAGCGGGAUACUAUCUUCACCACCAGGGUCUGCCUCAGAUAUCUCCACUACCAGGGUCUGCCUCAGAUAUCUCCACUACCAGGGUCUGCCUCAGAUAUCUCCACUACCAGGGUCUGCCUCAGAUAUCUCCACUACCAGGGUUUGCAUCAGAUAUCUCCACUACCAAGGUCUGCCUCAGAUAUCUCCACUACCAGGGUUUGCAUCAGAUAUCUCCACUACCAGGGUCUGCCUCAGAUAUCUCCACUACCAGGAUCUGCCUAAAAUAUCUCCACUACCAGGGUCUGCCUCAGAUAUCUCCACUACCAGGGUCUGUCUCAGAUAUCUCCACUACCAGGGUCUGCCUAAAAUAUCUCCACUACCAGGGUCUGCCUCAGAUAUCUCCACUACCAGGGUCUGCCUCAGAUAUCUCCACUACCAGGGUCUGCCUAAAAUAUCCAUCUUAUCUAUUUAUUUGGCUUUUUGUUUGGGAAAGAAGAGUUCAGUGCUUGUGGUUUAACGCUCUCUACUUGGUCCUCAAGAAGUGGACCCCAUUUGAACCAUCUAAAUCGGUCUGUGAUUGGCUGUUUCUCAGUAAGGGUGUUCUGUACUGUGCUGUGCCUCAGAGGCUAAACAGCCAUGUAUAAAAGCAGUUACUCCCAGGCCAAGUUUGGCUUGGAGGCCAGGAGGAAGAUCCAGAAGCCCAGAGGGAAGAGCUGUGGCUACUACAUGAGGGUUGUCUUCUUCUUCUCCUCUCUGAUCCAGUCACUCAUCAUCGUCAGCCUGGUGCUCUUCCUGGUCUACGGGAGCUCCCCAGACGCGGCGGCCGAGAGCCGGGUCAAGGACCUGGAGAAGAGCUUCAACCACCUCUCCAUUGACAACAUCAACCUCCGGCAGCAGGGAAAGAACCUGAACGCCACCCUGACUGACAAGAUGCGCAACGACAAAUAUAUGAUGAGUCUGCGUCAGGUGGCAAACGGGUCUGGCAUGUUCAUCGCCAAUCUCAAAGGACUAGUGACUCAGUGUGAAAAUGAUAAGGGAAGAUGUCAGAUUCAACUUAGAAUGAGCCAAUGCUUCAGGGCCAUGCCCCCAAAUGAAAACCAGGUCCAGCAGCUGGAGCAGUUGCUAAAGCUAGUGAGCUCCAACUUCAGUCAGACGGUGCAGUUCAUGAGGAUGGAGAUGGAGAACACAGCCAUGGACCGGGACACCCUGACCCUGGAGGCCAUCUCCCUCCGGAGGGACAAGACCUUCCUGCAGAGACAACUGGAGGGCUACAGGAAGAAGUGCAAGGAGGACUUUGUCCAAUCCCUGGCCGGCAUCUCCGACGUCUCUAAAGCCUUCCUGUUGAAGAUCGACAACCUUCUGCCCAAUGUCAGCCCCUUCCUGCUCACCUGCGAGAAGCAGCUCCACCACCUGGACCAGAUCCGCAACAACUGCACCGGUCUGUCCCGCGAGGUGGAGAACAAGUUCCAGCAAUACCUGAACAAGGUGGGCUCUCAGAUGUCGGAGAUUGAGGGUUGCAGUGCCAAGCUGCAGGCAGAUAAAGACCAGCUGAAGGUGGUCUACAACUGGUGCAGCUACAACCGCAGUGCCAUGGCCCUGGAGCACCGCGAGAAGCUUCAGAAGACCCAGGAGAAAUACGACCGAGAGACGGAGAGGCUGCUGAUGGAUAGCAGAAGGCUGCAGGGGAACAAGGAGCUACAGGAGACGGUGAUGAAGGUGAAGGAGGGCGAGAUCGUCAUUCUCAAGGACAAGAUGAAUAACCUCAACACCUCACUGGUCAACUGUGGCUCCAGGACCGGAAUGGGUAACCCAGGAAUGUCCGGACCAAAUCAGAGUGGACCCUGGAGUAGCAGGCAUGGGAUGGGUGACCCUGGCUCAACUGGGAAUGGAUUUGGCAGGGCAGUGGCAAGCUCAAGAGGGUUUGAGUCCACUGGGAUGGGUUCAAAUCCAUUCGGUAGUGCAGGGGCAGGUGGGACAGGGACAGGUAACAAGCCAGGCUCAACUAACCAAUUUGGUAAUACAGGAAUGGGAAGGACAGGGUCAAGUUCAAGUUCUACUGCAUUGGGUUCGUUAGGGCCAGGUAAAGUGUGGGCAGGUCGAACAGGGACAGGCGCGGCAGGAGAGUUGGGUGCAAUGGGUAACGCAGGGAUGGGGGAGGCAAGGUCGAGUGCAACAGGGCAGGGCAACAGGGGGCCAACCAAAAUGGGUUUGGAGGCUACAGGUGGGUGGGGUUCCACAGGAAUGGGUAACACAGGGAUGGGCGGGGAAGGGUCUAGUGUAACAGGGCAAGGUAAAAGGGGGUCAACUGCUGGAACAGAAUUGGGUGCUGGAACUGGUGGGUGGGGUGCUUCUGCAACAGGAAACGGCAACACAGGCCUGGGUAGGUCCGGGUCAAGUGCUUCGUCAUCAUCAGGCGCCACAAGGAUGAACGGUUCAGGAAUGGACGGCUCAAAAGGUUUAGCACAUAUCAAUCAACACUUACGAGAACUGCAGCAGUAUUCUACUGCCGACUCCGGCUCAGAAGUCUCUGGGUAAUCCAUGAAAUUUCAGAGGAAAAUGGAGGAAAACCUAUAAAACCCAGUCUCCUCAUAUUGAGUUCUGGUUUGUCAAUAUACAGUACCAGUCAAAAGUUCACCUACUCAUUCCAGGGGUUUUCUUUAUUUUUUUAAACUAUUUUCCAUGUUGUAGAAUAAUAGUGAAGACAUCAAACUAUGAAAUAACACAUAUGGAAUCAUGUAGUAACCAAUUGUUUUAACAAAUCAAAAUAUAUUUUAUAUUCUUCAAAGUAGCCACCCUUUGCCUUUGAUGACAGCUUUGCACACUUUUGGCAUUCUCUCAACCAGCUUCAUGAGGUAGUCACCUGGAAUGCCUUCAUUUGUGGAAUUUCUUUCCUCCUUCAUGCGUUUGAGCCAGUCAGUUGUGUUGUGACAUGGUAAGGGUGGUAUACAGAAGAUAGCCCUAUUUGGUAAAAGACCAAGUCCAUAUUAUGGCAAGAACAGCUCAAAUAAGCAAAGAGAAAUGACAGUCGAUCAUUACUUUAAGACAUGAAGGUCAGUCAAUGUGGAAGAUUUCAAGAACUUCGUUAGAGUUACCAGCCUCAGAAAUUGCAGCCCAAAUAAAUUGACGUAACAGACACAUCUCAACAUCAACUGUUCAGAGGAGACUGCGUAGGCCUUCCUGGUCAAAUUCCUGCAAAGAAACCACUACUAAAGGACACCAAUAAUAAGAAGAGACUUGCUUAGGCCAAGAAACACAAGCAAUGGACAUUAGACCGGUGGAAAUUUGUUCUUUGGUCUGAUGAGUCCAAAUGAGAUUUUUUUUUCUCCAACCGCCAUGCUUUGUGAGACGCAGAGUAGGUGAGCGAAUGAUCUCUGCAUGUGUGGUCUCCGCCAUGAAGCAUGGAGGAAUUUAUUUAGAAUUCAAGGCACACUUGACCAGCAUGACUACUAUAGCAUUCUGCAGUGAUACGCCAUCCCAUCUGGUUUGCACUUAGUGGGACUAUUUGUUUUUCAACAGGGCAAUGACCCAAACACACCUCCAGGCUGUGUAAGGGCAAUUUUACCAAGAAGGAGAGUGAUGGAGUGCUGCAUCAGAUGAUCUGGCCUCCACAAUCACCCGACCUUAACACGAUUGUGAUGGUUAGGGAUGUUGGACUGCAGAGUGAUGGAAAAGCAGCCAACAAGUACUCAGCAAAUAUGGGAACUCCUUCAAGACUGUUGAGAAUGAGAGAAUGCCAAGAGUGUGCAAAGCUGUCAUCAAGGCAAAGGGUUUGAAGAAUCUCAAAUAUAAAAUAUAAUUUGAUUUGUUUAAUACUUUCUUGGUGACUACAUGAUUCCAUAUGUGUUAUUUCAUUGUUUUGAUGUCUUCACUAUUAUUCUACAUUGUAGAAAAUAGUACAAAUAAAGAAAACCCCUUGAAUGAGUAGGUGUGUCCAACCUUUUGACUGGUACUGUAUGUAUAAUAUCAAUAUCUACCGACAGCAGCUGCAUUGUAAUAUACAGUAUCAUAAAAUAAUUUCUGCUGCUUCAUGUAUUCCAUUGUUUUGAAUGUCCUUGAUAACCAGCCACAAAUGUAUGUUAAUUGAAUAUGUUUAUUUAGUCAGGAGAAAGGCAUAAAAGUUGUACAUAAGCUGUUUUCAAUGUACUGUAUAUACUUUUAUUAAAAACUAAGGAGUACUUCUUGCAAACCUGGUUCUAUGAAUUAAGUGUGAUGACUUCCACGUUUAAGGUCGGGGAGAGCGAGGUAUGUUGUCACACUUUUCAUGCUGUCUAACAUUUACUUGGCACAAUACAUCACAAUGGUAUAAAUGUCAUACCUAAUAAAAGAAGGAAGUCUUGGGAA